CCAGCUCUUCCCCGGCGCCUCUCCCCCGGCGGGCAGCGAGUCCUCUGCGGCAGCCGCGCCUUGCGCAGUGCCGCAGCGCCCGCAACGCCCCGCAGCGCUCCCCCGGUGGCUCGGCGCUUGCCGCGGCGGCGCCGCCCUCGCGGGCUGUGGGCAGCGGCCCGCUGCGGGCGGCCAGCCUGCGUGCGUGGCUGCGGGCGCCGAAGCGCCCGGUGCCCGGGGUGGGAGCGCGGACGGCAUGGGAUAGGACGCCGCCAUGGUGCGCCGAGAUCGCCUCCGCAGGAUGAGGGAGUGGUGGGUCCAGGUGGGGCUGCUGGCGGUGCCCCUGCUGGCAGCCUACCUGCACAUCCCACCCCCGCAGCUCUCCCCUGCGCUUCACUCAUGGAAGUCAUCCGGCAAAUUCUUCACCUAUAAGGGGCUGCGCAUCUUCUACCAAGACUCUGUGGGCGUGGUCGGAAGUCCCGAGAUAGUGGUGCUUUUACAUGGCUUUCCAACGUCCAGCUACGAUUGGUACAAGAUUUGGGAGGGUCUGACCCUGAGAUUUCAUCGCGUGAUUGCCCUCGAUUUCCUAGGCUUUGGCUUCAGUGACAAACCGAGACCACACCACUACUCCAUAUUCGAGCAGGCCAGCAUCGUGGAGGCGCUUCUGCGGCACCUGGGGCUCCAGAACCGCAGGAUCAACCUUCUGUCUCACGAUUAUGGAGAUAUUGUUGCCCAGGAGCUGCUCUAUAGGUUCAAGCAGAAUCGAUCUGGCCGGCUCACCAUCAAGAGUCUCUGUCUGUCCAAUGGAGGUAUUUUUCCUGAGACUCACCGGCCUCUCCUCCUUCAAAAGCUGCUGAAAGAUGGAGGCGUGCUCUCGCCCAUCCUCACACGGCUGAUGAACUUCUUUGUCUUCUCUCGAGGUCUCACCCCCGUCUUCGGGCCGUACACGCGCCCCUCGGAGAGCGAGCUGUGGGACAUGUGGGCAGGGAUCCGCAACAAUGACGGGAACCUGGUCAUCGACAGUCUCUUGCAGUACAUCAAUCAGAGGAAGAAGUUUAGACGACGCUGGAUUGGAGCGCUGGCCUCCGUAAACAUUCCCAUUCAUUUUAUCUAUGGGCCAAUGGAUCCUGUGAACCCCUUUCCAGAAUUUUUGGAGCUGUACAGGAAAACGCUGCCGCGGUCCACAGUGUCGAUUCUGGAUGACCACAUUAGCCACUAUCCACAGCUAGAGGACCCCAUGGGCUUCUUGAAUGCAUACAUGGGCUUCAUCAACUCCUUCUGAGCCGGAGAGCGUAGCCUCCCCGCAUUACCUCCCCCAAGCCCCCAUCUGUCGUGUGCUCCACUUAGGAAGAAAGGCCCGGCAGAGGUCCUGGCCGCCACACACUACUCUCACCUCACUUGGUGGACAGCUUAGAGUAAAAUGCCAGCAGAAGCCCUGACUGCGGCUGACCAGGCUGUCCACCUCCCAUUCCUCUGACACCUGAUCACGUGUGCAGACCUGCCUUGGUCACUGUGCUAUUAGGAAAUUCUGACGGGCACAGCUACUCACUGAUGCUGGAAGCCAUUCCUUCUCUUACUGUUUUUAAAAAACAGAAACGUGAAUUCUUGAAAUAGUCAAAAAAAAAAAAAAAGAAAAUUAAAAAAAAAAAUGACUGGCCCAACUCUAAUUGGAUCCUAAAGCAUGAGGAGUGGGUGCUCCCCUCCUCUCCUCGAGGGGCCUCAAGGGGCCUCGAGGGCGGGUGCUCUGUGUUCCCCAGCAGCCUCCAGUGAGGGCAGCUGACCCCGGCCAUGGAUUUGGAUUUAGUUUCAUAUGCUGCUUCUAACUAGGCAUUUUGUUGAAGUAGAUUUUAGUUUGAUGUAGCCUUCUAAGUAUGCUUUAUUAUUUACUUUCAUAUAUAUCCUUUACUAAACCAGCAGAUCUUGUUCUGCUAGAGUAGUGAACCUUACUAAUAAUCGUUGUUUAAUUUUUUUUUCCUGAAUACAUUGAACUAAAUCCAAACUGUUUACAGAAUUUCCUAAGACCACAGGACAUUAAGGACCAAUAGCAUCUGUGCCAGAGAUGUACUGUUAUUUGCGGUUAGAGUUGGUCUUCCCAGCUAAUAACAGUACGACCCUUCAUACCUCAGUGCUUAGAAGCAUCUCCCUCCUGAGCUGGAGGGGAGGGGAUCGUCGGAUAGUCCCAGUUACCAUGCUGAAUGUACGUUAUUCCUCUUACGAUGAUCGCUUAACUUCCCAUUGGUCGUCCCAGAGAGACUGCCUCAUGUAGCUCAGCAAUUCCUGUACUUUACAUACAGGAAAGUUCCAGAAACUUUUAAGAAAAAAUUCCGAAAGACUU